AUGCGUCUCCUACAACAAGGUUUACAAUCCACAACUGCAUCCGAGAUUCAAGAAUUUUUGGAUUGGAUUGUUAAAAUUGGUGAUGGUAAAUUAGAAGAACCAAAUGACGGUUUAGCAGAAGUCGAAAUACCUAGAGAAUUCCUAAUUUCAUAUUUCAAUGAUCCUAUAGAAGGAAUUGUAUCUAUGACAUAUCCCGACUUAGUACACAAGUAUACAAACGAAUCAUUUCUGCAGUGUAGAGCAAUAUUAGCAAGGGAAGAAAAAGAGUAUCUUAGCUCUGAUUCAGUAGAUGAAUCAGAAUCUGCUUCAAGUGAUGCUUACAGCGCUAUAACUUCGGAAUUCCUAAAUUCACUUAGUAAAUCUAGACUUCCUAAUCAUAGAAUCAAACUAAAGAUUGGGGUUCCAAUUAUGCUUUUGAGGAAGUUAGACCAAGCAGAAGGUUUGUGCAAUGGAAGCAGAUUAAUCGUAACCAGGGUUGCAAACCAUGUCAUAGGUGCUAAGUUGAUUACAGGAAACAAAGAUGGUCAAGAGGUCUACAUUCCGCGAAUGUCUAUGUCACCCUCCCAAUCCCCAUGGCCAUUUAAGUUAAUUAGAAAGCAAUUUCCUAUCAUAUUGUCAUAUGCAAUGACAAUAAACAAAUCUCAAGGUCAGUCAUUAGGUUUCGUUGGAUUGUAUUUGCCAACACCCGUAUUUAGCCAUGGUCAACUCUAUGUUGCAGCUUCUAGAGUUCAAAGUAAAUCUGGGUUAAUGAUAUUAAUCCAUGACAAUGAGAACAAAUCAUCCAGUACAACAAUUAAUGUUGUGUACAAAGAAGUAUUCCAAAAUGUAUAG